CAUGUUGUUACUCAACAGCACGUUACUCUGAUCUUUGCAGGAGAUGUCAGCAACAAGGUCUCAGAGAGCAAAAAGAAAUCCCAAACAUGAUGCCAGUUAUUAUUGCUCCUUAGGUGAAGAUAAAGAGGGAUUUGAUGAAAAUACAUUAAUUCAUUUAAAGGUCGGGGUGUGUACAGUUGCCGGUGCUUUCAAAAAGGAGAUUCUUAUUGAGUACAGAGGGGAAGUCAUAAGUAGAAAGGAACAAGAAAACCGAUUGAAAAUUUACCAUGAUGCACUCGAGGCUUUUAUGUUUGAUUUCAAGUUCAAUGGACAACAGCUUUGUGUUGAUGCUGCCAGAGAGGAUGGAUCAUUGGGGAGGCUGGUAAAUGAUGAAGAGAUGAACCCAAACAGCAAAUUGAAAGUUACAAGGGUGGAUGGAAGACCUCAUCUUUGUUUAUUUGCACUCAAAGAUAUUGGUCCUGGGGAAGAAAUCACUUAUGUUUAUGGUGAUUCUGACUGGCCAUGGAGAAGAAAGAUUUCCAAAGAUGAACUGUGUCAGGCUGUUGACGUGGACGCAUGCGGAUCCUGUUCAACUAACCCUCCAGAGAUUUCCAAAGAUGAAAGGUGUCAGGCUGGUGACGUGGAUGCAUGCGGAUCCUGUUCAACCAACCCUCCAGAGAUUUCCAUAGAAGAACCGUGUCAGGCUGGUCAUGUGGAUGCGUACAGAUCCUGUUCAACCAACCCUCCAGAGAUUUCCAAAGAGGAGCUGUGUCAGGCUGGUGAGGUAGAUGCAUGCAGAACCUGUUCAACCAACCCUGCAGAGCACAAAGUAAACACAGAGAUGGUAAGGGGAAAGAACUCAACAGAAAACUAAAACGGAAGGACAUAGAGCCCCGCAGAAAAUGAACACAAAUAAAAAUUCUGGUAAGUCACCACACCUACACAAGUCAAGAAACACCAAUCUACUUAAGCUCAAAAGCACAACUGAAGCAUGGU